AACAGCACGUUUAUGUUUUUCAUUACCAUCUGUUUGUUUACACGUUCGCGUAUAGAAUGCACAGUAUCUUAUCUUUAAUUUGAGAAAUUAUCAGAUGGUCCUGCCUGCAUGUCAGUUUUUCUGCGAUAUUUAUCCAGAACUAGUAGUAAAUGUAGAGGUUUCAAACGUUCGCCACAGUGGAAAUCUGUAUAAAGUAUGCAAUUCGCCACAAAUCAAUUUUCAACUUUUGGUCAUAACUUUUAGGAUUCGGAUUUAUUGUUUCCUAACGACUUCGCUUGCAGCGGGAGUGUUUGGCCUCAACAGACAUUAAGAAAUUUAUGUUAUACAGAAAUCACGAAUAAUUGCGGUUUAUCAUCGGAUCUCAAAUUUCCUAAAUUGGUUCUUUAUUCUGAAUGACCAUUAAAGGAAGGGACAAUUUUUGUCAGUUGGCACAGGGUCCCGACUCAUAUUUAUUUUAUUACACUUUUUAGCGUGGUCCCGCACAGAUUUUUCGUAAGAAAUGUACAAAGUUUCAUACUGGUUAAGAAAAUAGCUUACUAUGCUGAAACUUAAAACAUGAAGGAAAAAUCGUAGUGAAACUUAGUGACUUUAUCCAUUGUGGUACAUAGGAUCAUGGGAAAACAUGUGAUAGGUACCUGUUGAUUUGGAUUUCCGUCUGAUGAAAAUAUAUGGAGUCACCCAUGUUCAGAAUCUACCAAGACGAUACCAAGUCCAAAGUUUGCACAGUUGUCUGAAAUGGAUUAUUAUGAUUUGAAGUGAUACUCCUUAUCCAGUAAAGCAAUGAAAAUACACAUUUUGGUUUCACACCAAUUAUGGUCAGGAUAAGAUGGAAGUUGACAGCAGCUCCAGGUUUAGUUCUGAGGUUCUUAAAAUGGCAUUUGUACAGAUGCCGGGUAGCUGUGAAAUCACUUUUCUACAAUCAUUUUACAGAUCAUUCUUAUAUUGUGGACAUUUGUAUGGAGCCAAUAUUUUCAUUUGUGGACAACUUUGCAAAGAUUUUAGGACCAAUCUGUGUGUUUGUGGUAUGCUCCCUGACAGUGUCAGUGGUCGUGAUUGCCUAUUGUUUGGGGAUACCUCAUUGGUGGGAGAGAAGCCCAGCAGUCACUGCGAUGCUUUUGAUCACUGGCCACUGGCUUUUGGGUAACAUUUGUUUCCACUAUUAUAUGGCAGCUGUUGUUUCACCUGGGUUUCCUCCAGAGGGUGCACUUAUUCCUGAAGCUGCUAGCAUCUGUAAAAAAUGCAUUGCUCCCAAACCACCAAGGACACAUCACUGUUCUGUAUGCAACAGGUGCGUUCUCAAGAUGGAUCAUCACUGCCCAUGGCUGAACAACUGUGUUGGCCAUUUCAACCAUCGAUAUUUCUUUUUAUACAUGGUUUUUACCUGCCUAGGUGUACUGUUUGUCAUUAUAUUUGGCUUUCAGUUAGCUUACUCUGAGAUUUGGCUGGAACCAGAUGAUGGUGAAGAGGAAGAACUUGAAGGACACCCUGUUCGCUUCAACAACUCUGUUUGGAUACCUGUGACAGAAAUGAUGGUUGAAUUAAGCUCCUCACUUGAUGAAGGGAAAGAAGAAAUACAUCCAAAACAUCAAAGAUCAUGGAGGAAGAACUGUAUGUUGUAUAUGGCAUUUGUAAAUGUGGGUGUGCUGAUUGCACUUGGCUCACUAAUGAUGUGGCACGCACGACUAAUAACAAGAGGAGAAACAAGUAUUGAGGCACACAUCAAUAAACAGGAGACAAAGAGGUUAGCUGCACUCAAUAAGGUGUACAAAAAUCCUUACAAUUUUGGUCCACGAAGGAACUGGAGAUACUUCCUGGGGAUGGUAAGAGGCAGAGGGUGGAGACAUGUCCUCCUGCCCUCAAGUCACAAACCAUCAGGUGAUGGAUUGACAUGGCGUUCAGUUCACUCAGACUCUGAGCACGAUAGUGAUGAUGAUGGUGAUAAUGGUGAUAAUGGAUUAUCAUAUACCAAAGAUCCUUAAAUUUGAUAAUUUUAAUAAUCUGUUUGGAUACCAAAGAAAAGUGUAUUCUUAACUUUGAAAUGGAACAUUAUCUUUUUUAUUCAGUGAACAAUGACCAAGUGCUAUUUAUAUUUAUUACGAAAUAAAUUGCAAAAAGGAUGUUGUUUUGUACGAUUCAAAUUUUUUAAUCUAUGCACAAUAAAAUGAGAAGUCUUUCAGUAUUUGGUUAUUGUGUAUUCAGAUAAGUGACUCCACAAUAAUAAAGGAGAUAAGCAACUGUGAAUUCACACGAACACACUGUAUGAUUUAUUCAUAUUGAAUAAAGAAUUUUACAGUUUUCAUUUUAA